UUUUCCCUUAACUGAACAUAUAUCACAUUAUAUUUACCUUCUAUUACUCUAGUUACUCUUUUGGACACCUCUAGAAUGCAUGCUAAACUGAGCAUAUAAGGCCAUAACAUAAAAAUUCCAAUACCGUCCACCAAAAGUGCGGUCAACACACCACACACCACACUCCACACGAUGGAUGCGAUCCUCUCACUACCAGUCCUUUCCUUAUUCCUCGUCCCCACAAUAUCCUCCUACAGCACGAGUCUCAACCUGAUCUUCUUUUACAUGACAUGGACGACCCUCGUGCUAUCGCACCCUCCGCUCCGAGUCGAGCUCUUCGGCUCCGCAGCCGUCCGCUUGAUCUUCUACCUACUCCCGUCUGUUCUUUUCUUCCUAUUCGAUAUCCUGACUCCCUCUGCCGCGGUGGUGGUCAAGGCGCAGGGUGAAUCUGGUCUCCCGGCGGGGAGUAAACGGGGCAGAGUCCGAAUGAAGGAUCUCAAGGUUGCAGGAUGGGCCAUUCUGAACAUCGGGCUGAGCUUCGCCGCACAGGCAGUAAUAGAAGAGGUGCGGACAGAGAUAUUCGGGAUGCGGAGUGCACUAAGAGUAUCGAUGAAACUGCCGAUGCCGUGGGAGAUGGUGAAAGAUUUACUCCGAGGGCUAUUAGCACGAGAAGUGAGUUUAUGUUUCUAUAUCCUAGCCUACAAUAUCCACCGCUUCAUCCUCCACUCCCCAGACUACCAGGUCUCCCAAUACCACCGAAAAUGGUAUCAUUCGCUCCGGGCCCCGUUCCCCCUCACGGCUCACUACGACCACCCCGUCGCUUACCUCCUCUCAAACUUCAUCCCGACCUACCUGCCCGCCAUGUUCUUCCGCUUCCACAUGCUCUCGUACCUGCUUUAUCUCGCUGUUAUAUCGAUUGAGGAAACGUUCGCCUUCUCCGGGUACUCGGUUAUGCCGACGAGCUUUUUCCUGGGUGGAAUUGCCCGCAGAAUGGAUAUGCAUUUGCUGAGUGGGGCGGAAGGGAAUUUUGGCCCGUGGGGGAUCCUCGAUUGGAUUUGUGGGACUACGGUGGGCGAUGAGGAUGAGGAGGAAUUGGAAGAGGCGUUGACUGAGAAGGAGAUGAUUGAUGAGCAGAUCAGACGGGCGAUCGAGGAGUCUACGAGGAAAAGGAGGGGUGAACGGUAUAAGCUAAGGAGGCGGAGGAAUGACUAUUAGGGUUGCGAUGCGAGAUGCGAUGUAUAUGGGUCCACGUUCUAGAAGGCUGGGGUAUGUGCCCUAACCAAUGGCGAGUGAUGGGUUCUGGUUAUGAUUUUUUGUGUAUACGGCGCUUCAGGCAAAAUGGAUAUUAGCAUAUGGAAUUAAUGAUAGUUUCGGUAAUUGUCUUGGGCACAUUUCAAUCGCAGUCGCUUUG